ACACCUCCCUCGGCGCUGACUGACACCGCGCAUCCCGUCGCAAAGACCGAAGACCGAACCGAAGCCGCCGUCCUACCGCUACCGCGCCGUUCUUCUCCCAAUAUCUGAGGAUGGCAUCACACCGUCCGACACCGAUGCGAUUGGCGCACUGGCGCCUGCUCAGGACCCGUGUCCACCUCGAGCGCCUCGCACCGACAAUACCACUCUCGCGCACUCCAUCGCAAACAACGCAGCACCUCACCGGCCCGCCGCCCGCCGCCCGCUCACUCACGACCACCACCUCGCUCUCCUCCGGCUCUUCCUGGCUGCUCUCAGCACUUCCAAGCUUCAUCCCCAACCCAUCGCACCCGCCGCCCCCCAAAACCCUCCGCGCGCGCCGCCUGCUCCCUUAUGCGCCCUCCCAAAUUUACACCCUCAUCGCCGACAUCGACUCCUACUCCCGCUUCCUGCCGCACUGCACCCACUCCCGCGUGACACGCUGGACUACACCACCACAACCAACACCAUCACCACCACCACCACCACCAAACUCUCCGACACCUUCCCCCGCGCAUGCCGCCACCACCACCACCGUCCGCCACCCCGCGCUCGCAGACCUGACCAUCGGCUGGGGCCCGUUCACCCAGACCUACACGUCGCGGGUGUACUGCGUGCCGGCCUCGGUGGUCGAGGCGGUCUCGGGCGCGGCCGAGACCAGCAUCCCCGCCGCCGUGCUCCGCGCGGCGGGGUACGACGUGCCUCAGCCUCAACAGCAGCAGCAGCAGCAGCAGCAGCAGCGCGGGGCUCAAGGCACGUGCGCAGGUCAUGGCGGCAGCAGAGACGGGGAGACGGGAGCAGGCGGCAUCUUCGAGAGCCUCGUCACGCGGUGGACGGUCACGCCCGCCGCGGGUCCCCCCGGCGGCGAGAGCGAGAAGGGUUGGACCGAGGUGGCGCUCAGCGUGACGUUCCGGUUUGCGAACCCGGCACUGGGGUUUGCGGUGGGACAGGUGGCUGACGAGAAGGUCGGCGAGAUGGUGGAGGCGUUCGAGGGCCGGGCUCGGGAGCUGUUUGGGCCGCGGCGGGCGUGAUGAGCUAGCUGGCGGAUGAGUGAGGCGGUUGAUUCCGAGAGCAGUGAUAGCUACCGGCUGCUGUUGUUGGCAAGAAAAGCCGGCCUGGAGAGACCAUGUACAAACGCUGUACGGAUGCGGCAUACCAUGUGUAUAAC